GGGAGCAGCAUGGAGCCCACCGCCGACUGGCUGGCCGCGGCCGCGGCCCGGGGUCAGUUCGAGGAGGUGCGGGCGCUGCUGGAGGCGGGGGCGCCUCCCAACGCGCCGAACCGCUACGGUCGGACCCCGAUUCAGGUCAUGAUGAUGGGCAACGCCCGUGUGGCCCAGCUCCUGCUGCUCCACGGCGCAGAGCCCAACCGCGCGGACCCCGCCACCCUCACCCGACCGGUACACGACGCCGCCCGGGAGGGCUUCUUGGACACGCUGGUGGCGCUGCACCGGGCAGGAGCGCGGCUGGAUGUGCGCGACGCCCGGGGCCGCCUGCCCGUGGACCUGGCUGAGGAGCGAGGCCACAGCGACGUCGCACGGUAUUUGCGUGCGGCCACGGGGAACACAGAAGGCGGCAGCCAAGCUGCGGAAGGUCCCCCAGACAGCCCCGACUUAAAGAAUCAUUGAGACCGUGAGACGCGUGAAGACUCUAAAUCAUCGACGUUGAUGAUUUUUCAAACUGCCCCCUCCUGAUUCUUCCCUGCUUUCUUAGUUGCAAUUUACAUUACAAAAUAGAAAUUUUUUAAAAAAAAAAUUUGAACUGCUUUUUUACA